AUGAAUCUCCCUCAAGUGGUACCAUUUGUGCUUCUAAGCACCACAUUCGUCUUUGCAGUCGUCGAAUUAGGUCUGACCGGCCACCUAGUCUCGUACUUCAGUCAGGGCAGCAAGGAAUAUCGCUAUGAUCCCUCGAGAAACGGAUACACGUCCCAGACAGUGACGGUAGCAGUUCCACCAAUCCUCGCCUUCAUUCUCUUCAACUCAGUAUGGACAAUGUUGGUUUCGGCUGCGACCGCCGUUAUACCAUGGGUCUUUCGGACUAAAGCAGAUACGAAUGCUGCUCUCAACAAAUUGAUCACCAUUGGGCUUCUCGUGCUUUACUUCGUGACUACGGUCUUCUGGUUAGCAUCUUUUGCUGAUAUGGCGGCGAGAUUGUCAUAUACAGCUGGAAAGUCGGAUUAUGUGAAUGCGGUCAUUGCUUUUGCGGUUUUGAUAUGGUUUCUUUUCUGCGCCUUGACGCUCGUUGUCGUUCUCGGUAUCUGCGGAGUCUUGAAAUCUGAUCUUCCGGGUUAUAGGGCCCUUGGAAAGCAGGAUCCUCCUGCAACGGCACCGCAGAGCACACAAAUGGAUCAAGUAUAA